AUGAGCUCCGACGAGGACUUUCAAGUUGAGCUUCCAGAAGUGGCAGACGAUGACCCCCUGAAGUCAUUUUUGCCAACUUCCUUUGGCAAAAAGUCCAAGGGAACCGACAUCGAAGCCCAAAUUGAACGAUCCCGCAGAAAGGUGCCUACCAAAGAGCUUAAGCAAGCAAAAGAGCCCGACGACAGCGACAACAGCGACGACUCGGACGGUUCGGAUGACGGAGAUGACUACCCCAUAUCGCACGAGCUCAUCAUCAAGACACACGAGCGCGCCGUGACGACAAUAUCUCUGGACCCGGCCGGUGGUAGGUUGGCCUCAGGAUCGCUAGACGGUAAUGUGAACCUACACGACUUUGCGUCAAUGACGCCGACCACACUACGCGCCUUCCGUUCGGUAGAUCCGUUUGUCAAGAAGCAGGCGGCUGCCUCGGAGUCACACCCGAUGCACCUCGUCCAGUUCAACCCUCUCUCGGGCAGCGUCUUCCUCUGCGUGGCGGCGCACCCGCAAGCCAGGAUCAUAUCGCGCGACGGAGACGUCUUGACAGAGUUCGUCAAGGGCGACAUGUAUCUGCGGGACAUGAACAAUACAAAGGGUCACAUAUCGGAGGUUACGGCGGGGGCAUGGCACCCCAACGACAGGAAUCUCUGUGUAACGGCCGGUACCGACAGCACGCUACGUAUCUGGGACAUCAACAAUAAGCGGUCUCAGAAGGAUGUGAUUGUCUUCAAGUCCAAAGCCGCAGGGUCCGCAGGCCGCACAAAGAUGACAGCUGUGGCCUGGAGCGGUGGCGUUCAAGGUAGCAACCUACUGGUGGGCGCUGCCCUGGACGGAUCGCUCGUCAUGUACGGCGGCAACGGGCCUUUCACGAGACCGUCUGGCGAAGUCCGCAACGCUCACAAGCCUCAGACAUGGACUGGCGGGAUCGACGUGUCGUCAGACGGCCGAAUGAUUGUGACGAGGGGAGGCGAUGACACGGUAAAGCUUUGGGACACACGCAAAUUCACCAAGUCGCUCGUCACGGCGUCGCAUCCCUCUACGUCGGACCACUUCCCCACGAGCAACAUCCGCUACGCACCGAACUCGGCGAGCAUCAUUACUGGCUCUGCGACGGGAGAGCUCCACAUCUUGAACCCCGGAAAUCUGCAACCGGAGCAUGUGACGCCCGUAACGCCUGGGUCGCCCAUCAUUACGGUAGAAUGGCAUCCCAAGCUGAACCAGGUGCUCACGGGGUCGGCCAACGGCGAGACGCACGUGCUCUUCAACCCUGAGAGAUCGUCGCGCGGCGCCGUCGAUGUGGUCUCACGCGCCCCGAAGAAGCGCCAUGUCGACGACAACCCCGACUUCACCAUGGACCAAUCGCUUGGGAUCUCGGGCGACUCCAUCGUGACUCCCGGCGCCAUGCCCAGGAACAAGAGCAAGGCGGGCGGCAAGUCAAAGGACCCGCGGAGGCCCGAGCAGCCACAGCAAACGCCGUUCCAAAAGUCACAGCCAGACGAGAAGCACAUUGCCGAAAACAUUCCCUUGUCACGCAUGCUGCACGAGGAUCCGCGCGAGGCUCUCCUCAAGUAUGCCGAGAAGGCCGAUAGUGAUCCUAUGUUCACAAAGGCCUGGAGCAAGACGCAGCCUCAGACACAGUACUCCGAGCUGAGCGACGACGAAGACCAGGGCCCGGACAAGAAAAAGACUAAGAGGUGA